AUGCCCAUCGCCCCUGACCCCGACCCCGCCUCUCCCGCGCUGGCGCUGACCAGCGCCUCCCAUCGCCGCCCGACGGCGACGGCCUUCCCCGACGCGCCCGACCCGCCGGCCAUGGAGGCCCCGUGCGCCCGCGGCCUCCCCUCAAGCCGGACCGUCCCGCCGCUCGACGCCUGGCACCGAACCACCCCGCCCCCCCCCCCCGCCUCUCCCGCGCUGGCGCUGACCAGCGCCUCCCAUCGCCGCCCGACGGCGACGGCCUUCCCCGACGCGCCCGACCCGCCGGCCAUGGAGGCCCCGUGCGCCCGCGGCCUCACCUCAAGCAGGACCGCCCCGCCGCUCGACGCCUGGAACCGAACCACCCCGCCGCCCCGGUCGCUGGAUCCUCGCCGCCCGGAGCUCGACGCGCCUCCGCCUUCGACGGACUGCCUCCUCCUCGUCACCGUCGCCCCCGACCUCGCUGCCUCAAGCACCACCACGAGCCGCUGCCAUCCCCUUCUGGCUCACUGUGAGCCCCGCGCCCUCCUCUUUCCCCUGUGCUCCGGCCUCCCCUCCCCUAGCUCGUUCACCACUGUCGCCCGCGUCGUUCCCCCCCGCCACGCCCGGCGCGUGCUUUUCAUGAAGGGACGGGGCGCCAACUUGGGGCAUGAUCUCCACGAGCGCAAGAAGGCCCUAUCAACCUCCAUCGAGGCCCUGGACCUGUGUGCGGACGCGACUGGCCUCUCCCCCGAGGAGUGGCUUUCCCGAUACGACUUGGAAGACCAACUCUCCGUCAUCUACACCGACAAGGAGGGCUAUUGGCGCCCACAUGGCUCCAAAAAAUGGGUAUUGAAGGGCGACGCGAACACGGCCUACUUUCAGGCCAUUGCGAAUGGCCGCCGUAGACGCGACAUCAGCCCCCUCCUCUAG